AUGUUGGAUGUGCUUGACUUCGUCACCGACCGAGGUGGUGAUCUUAAGAAAAUAAAGGAAUCGCAGCGUAGACGUUAUGCAGACGAAGCACUGGUCGACGAAGUGGCUGAGCUGUGGCAAGACGCAUACAGAACUCGAUAUCGUGCAGACCAGAAACGAGCAGAGAUUGGUAAGGUUCAGAAGGAGAUUGGUCAGCUGAAAAAGAACAAGCAAGAUGCCACAGAACUGUUGGAGAAGAAGUCGCAACUCGAGAGCGAGGCCAAGCAGAUAGCCGAAGAAGCCGUCGAGAAAGAGAAAUUGAGAGACAAGAAGUGCAAGUCCAUAGGCAAUUAUGUCCAUGAGUCUGUACCGAUUAACAACAACGAAGACUUCAACGAGGUGAUUCAGACAUGGGCACCUGAGGGAGUCACUGUCGAGAAGACAGAUUGUCUCUCACACCACGAAGUUAUGACACGAGCUGAAUUGUAUGACGGCGAGCGUGGUGCAAAGCUUGUAGGACAUCGGGGCUACUUUCUAAGAAAAUGGGGUGUGCUUCUGAACCAAGCGUUGAUCAAUUACGGUCUGCACUUCCUUGUCGAGCGUGGCUACGACCCUAUACAACCUCCCUACUUCAUGAACAAGGAGUAUAUGGGCAAGACUGCGCAACUGGAGCAGUUUGACGAAGAGCUAUACAAAGUCACCGAAGGACCAGACACUGACGACAAGUACCUCAUUGCAACCUCUGAACAACCACUGUCUGCAAUGUAUGCGGACGAAUGGAUGAACGCUCAAGAUCUGCCACAAAAAUUUGCUGGCUACAGCACGUGCUUCCGAAAAGAGGCUGGCUCUCACGGUCGGGAUGCUUGGGGUCUUUACAGGAUACACCAAUUUGAGAAGAUCGAGCAAUUUCUAUUCACAAAACCAGAAGAAUCAUGGCAGGCACUUGAAGACAUGAAGGAGACCGCAGAAGCUUUCUACCAAUCCCUUAAGAUACCAUACCGAGUAGUGGUCAUUGUUUCUGGUGCGCUGAAUAAUGCAGCGGCCAAAAAGUACGAUCUGGAAGCUUGGUUCCCAUUCCAAGGAGAGUACAAAGAGCUUGUGUCAUGCUCAAAUUGUACAGACUACCAGACACGAGAGCUCGAGAUCCGAUACGGCCAGAAGAAGGGCGCCAUUGACUCGAGGAAGACUUAUGCACAUGCUCUGAACGGGACUUUGUGUGCGACUGAAAGAACACUCUGCUGUUUGCUCGAAAACUAUCAGAAGGAGGACGGCUUUGAAGUGCCAGAGGUCCUUCGAAAAUUCAUCCCAGGCUCACCCGACUUCAUUCCAUACACGAAAGAACUACCAAAGGAGUCGACUUCUAGCAAGAAGAAAGAAGGACCCAAAGCGAAGGAGAAAGGAGGUGCACCCGCUGGGUCUGGAUCGAAAGAGGCACAGCCAAAUGCCGCAUCUGUCGCUGAUGGUAUGAAGAACAUGAAAGUAUGA